UAUUUGUGUAUCCCCUCGUCUUUGCAACUCGAAAGGUCCUUCUGGGUUUUCUACCUCUCCCUCCAUGGAAGGAAUAGUUAAAGCAACUAUCCUUUCCUUCUUCUUCCUACUCAUUUGCCCGUCAGGCGGUUUUGCAAAACCAAUCGAGUUCCAAAACCUGGUAGUAGGACCUCUUCCAACACCUACCCACAGGCCCGAUCUCUCAUGGACUGAGUCCUCAUCCUUUUCCCAACUCGAAACCACAGAUUCAAGCCUCGAAACCACCCUCACUGUAGAAUUAGAACACAGAGAUGUUCUGGUCUUCAAUUCAACCCCAGAAACCCUCUUUAACCUGAGGUUAGAGAGGGAUUUGGUUAGGGUUGAAUCCCUAACGGCCAUGGCAGCAGCCGCUAGGGGAAGGAGAAAUGCUACUCGUGAUUUCAGUAGUUCCAUCAUCUCUGGCCUCUCUCAAGGUAGUGGAGAGUAUUUCACGAGAUUGGGUAUUGGGACUCCUCCCAAGUACGCUUACAUGGUACUUGAUACCGGGAGUGACAUCGUUUGGAUCCAAUGUUCUCCUUGCAGCAAAUGUUACACCCAAACUGAUCCCGUCUUCGAUCCAAAGAAAUCUGGAUCUUAUGCUGGCGUUACUUGUGCGUCGCCGCUUUGCCGGAGGCUUGACCAGUUUGGUUGCAGUAAGCAGAAGAUGUGUCUCUACCAGGUUCAAUACGGUGACGGAUCUUUCACCGUUGGUGAUUUCUCGACUGAGACACUAACCUUUCGAAGGACGAAGGUGGGAAAAGUAGCUCUCGGCUGUGGCCAUGAUAAUGAAGGCUUGUUCAUCGGCGCCGCCGGGUUGCUCGGACUCGGUCGAGGGAGUCUGUCUUUUCCGACACAAACUGGCCGUCGAUUUGGUCGGAAAUUCUCUUAUUGCCUUGUGGAUCGGCAAUCAUCCGGGUCGAAGUCAUCGUCGAUUGUGUUCGGCGAUUCGUCAGAGCCGAGAUCCGCUGUCUUCACUCCGAUGCUCAGAAACCCUAAGCUCGACACUUUCUACUACGUUCAGCUCACCGGAAUAAGUGUCGGCGGUGUUCCGGUGCCGGGGAUUUCAGCCUCCAUGUUCCGCCUUGACGCGGCUGGGAACGGUGGGGUUAUCGUCGACUCGGGAACGUCAGUUACUCGUCUGACUCGCCGAGCUUACAUAGCGCUUCGUAAUGCGUUCCGUGCGGGAGCACAACUGAAGCGUGCGCCUGGGUUCUCGUUGUUCGACACGUGUUACGAUUUGUCAGGGCAGACUGUGGUAAAGGUACCAACGGUGGUGAUGCAUUUCGGAGGUGGGGCCAAUCUGGCUUUGCCGGCGGCCAAUUAUCUGAUUCCGGUUGAUAAUAAGAGCGUUUUCUGUUUCGCUUUCGCCGGGACGACAAGUGGGUUGUCGAUCAUUGGGAAUAUACAGCAACAAGGUUACCGGGUUGUGUUCGAUGGUGCUGGGUCACGGGUCGGGUUCUCUCCGAAUGGAUGCUCCUAAGUCCGAGAGAGGGCGACAGAUUAUUUUCGUCUUUUUCUUUUCUUUAGUUUUGGAAAUUUCUGAAUUUACGUAAAAAUGUAGUGUGGUAUUAUUAUCUAAUCAGCAAAAUAUUUUAACCGGA